AUGUAGCACAACAAGAAAAAUUUCUUCACUCAAGUGAUUCAAAGUGGAGAUAAUUUCCAGGGAUAUCAAAAAUCCCUAAGCAAAAAAUCAGAGUUUUUCUUCAGUGAACUAGAUGUCUAGAUAACAGAUGUUGAUACUAAGAAUUGCACAAUUUCAGGUAUUAUAGAGAAGAAAGUUAUCUCUAUUUCUGGUAAAAAGCACAAUGUAAAGAUAUUCUUUGAGGGAGAGAUAAUUGAUGGUGUCAAUAAUACCUUUACUUCAUCUUUGACUGCUGGCUGUGAGGUGCUUGAUGUUUACUUCUGGAAUAGAUUCCCUUCAUUCAAGGAUAUUGAGAGUCUCAGAGAUAUAAGGCAGCUAAGUGAUCAAUAUAUCUACAUGAGAUGGCAUGAAACAGGAACUAUCAAGCAAAAGAAAUAGUAGAUUAAUUUAAAGAAAUCUCAGUAAUAAAAGAACAGGAAAUAAUCUGACUCAACUAGUAUACUUAACCCUGAGAGCGAUGAUGACUUGACCUCAUAGAGUGAUAAAAAUAAUGAAAAUGAAUUAAAUCUUGAUGAUGAGGAAGCUUUCGAACUUAUCGAGUACUUUGAAAAUGCUGAUGACAAGAAAUUGAUUCAGAGUGCUUAGGAUUAAGAAAGCUUAUAAGAAGAUGAGCUAAGUGCUAAUGGGAACUAUUUUAUUUGCUACGAUGUAGCUUAAAAUAAAAUUACAGGCUACUUUAAACAAGCUUUCCUCAAGAAUUGUCAAAAACUUAUACUUGAGAGCAAAGCUUCAUCUGAAAACUUAUUUAAUUUCGGCUGUUGUGAAAAAUUGUGA